CAGAGCUCGUCGGAGCAGGAACAGCGAGGAGCCGGGAGUCCAGCCGCAGGCAGCGGGAGUGGAAAUUUACAGCUGCUUGUGAGCGCCUGUGCAUGUCCAAGUGAUCCUUUCUGCUCACGCUUUUCCAGAGGCUGACGGCCGCUCGGCAGGAGAAGAGCGGGAGGCCGAAUCGCGGGAUCCCAGGUCUCGGCCACUUGUCGGUGCUCGGCGGCGGGGAAUAAAGCGGAAUUAAAUGGAAGAUCAGUGAAGGCGGCUGCUGGCGGCGCGGGCUGCGGGGAGGCGGCAGAGCUGUCUUCAGCACCUGGCCAUGGGGCUGCGCCGGGCUGCCUAGGAGCCCCCACCUUUGCGCUCACAGCAGUUCUAUCCUGAAGAAAGAAAUCCAGGUGAAGGAAGACCAUGCCUUUGUUUAGUAAAUCACACAAAAAUCCUGCUGAGAUUGUGAAAGUUCUGAAAGAAAACAUGGCCAUAUUGGAAAAACAAGAAAAAAAGACAGACAAGGCAUCGGAGGAAGUGUCAAAAUCUCUGCAAGCAAUGAAAGAAAUUCUGUGUGGGACCACAGACAAAGAGCCACCCACAGAAAUUGUGGCCCAGCUGGCACAAGAGCUCUACAACAGUGGCCUUCUAGUGACGCUUAUUGCCAACCUGCAGCUGAUAGAUUUUGAGGGCAAAAAGGAUGUUUCCCAGAUAUUCAACAACAUCUUGAGAAGACAAAUUGGCACACGCAGCCCUACUGUGGAAUACAUUAGUGCCCAUCCACAUAUCCUAUUCAUGCUUCUAAAAGGAUACGAAUCUCCAAAUAUUGCCUUACGUUGUGGAAUUAUGCUGAGAGAGUGUAUCCGCCAUGAACCCCUGGCCAAAAUCAUACUAUUUUCAGAACAGUUCAGAGACUUUUUUAAAUAUGUGGAAAUGUCAACAUUUGAUAUUGCUUCUGAUGCCUUUGCUACAUUCAAGGACCUGUUAACGCGACACAAAUUGCUGGUGGCAGAAUUUCUGGAACAAAAUUAUGAUGUAAUCUUUGAGGAUUAUGAAAAACUCCUUCAUUCUGAGAAUUACGUGACAAAGAGACAAUCUUUGAAGCUUCUGGGUGAACUGAUUCUGGAUCGACACAACUUUGCCAUCAUGACAAAAUACAUCAGCAAGCCAGAAAACCUGAAGCUGAUGAUGAACUUGCUGCGAGAUAAAAGCCCCAACAUUCAGUUUGAAGCAUUCCAUGUGUUCAAGGUUUUUGUGGCCAGUCCAAACAAAACACAGCCUAUUGUGGAGAUCUUGUUGAAAAACCAACCCAAGCUAAUUGAGUUUCUGAGCAAUUUCCAGAAAGAAAGGACGGACGAUGAACAAUUCACUGACGAGAAGAACUACCUGAUAAAGCAAAUUCGAGACUUGAAAAAGCCAACGGCAUGAAGAACACCUCUUGUUUUCCACUGUAGGCAUUAAUCUCAGUUGUUAAGUUCCUCUGUGUCCCUUAAACACCACAAUAGUGCUUGAGAUGGCACAGCAAGUGCCUGGUUUAUAUUUUGUCUUUGUUCCUAGAUGUCAAGAGUAUAGGGGUUUUACAUGAGAACUAAAAAAUCAAAAAUCUAGAAUAAUAUAUUAUUUUUAAUCAAGACUACAAUUAUUUAUGUCAGUUUAGAAUCUCUGUAAUAGAAGCUGGUUUGACAGGUUUUUUUUUGUGCUCAAGAAGAAUGAACCUCUUUGCUUAACUUUAUCAGCAAACUCAAGCACUGGCAAGUGCACAGAGCAGGUCUUCUGAGGACUGUGUCAUUGUCCCUGCACACCUGUAGUUGUGACUUGGUUCUAGCACUGCACACACACAAGACUGUGAAAGAGUACAUUGGUCUUUGGAGUUAGCUGCACUUAUAGGUCAGAUUCUUUAGUGAAAGCUAUGGAAGAUGAAAAAGCAGUAAAGGUCAUGUUUUUGCUUUAUUUUGUGUUCUUUCAUCUUUUUUUUUCCCUAGAUCAGAGGUUUUCUAUUCAGUGCUAGGGAAUGGAUGGAUGUAUCAGCCAUCUGAGCUGUUUCUGCCUAACUCCCAUUUCCCUGUGUAUGAUCUAUCUUGUGCUAGAGCACAGGCUUUUGUGACCAGCUCCCAGCAGUCUCAUGAGGAGCAGCCCCCUGUACACAGUGUUCAGGUAUCCCGUAAUGGGAAAAGGCAAGGGCAACACCCCUCUGUCAAAGGCUAUGCUGCAUUGUUGAUCAAGUGAUCCUGCACCUACAGAAACCAUCCAUAGUCAAGAAUAUUGGGUGGUAGCCAGAGCUACUUGGCUGAAUUGUGGCAAGGGCGGAGCCUCAGCUCCAGAGUGAGAGGAAGGUCCUUAGCAUCUUUCCAUCUGAAUUUCAGUCCUGGCUGUGUGAGGUGGGGUUGAGCUGACUUCAGCAACGGAAUCAUGAAAAGGCCUCAGGCAGAUCUGCUGGGUGGGCUGAGGUCCCUGAGCCUGCAGGUGCUGUCACAGCUGAGAGCAUUCACUGGAUACCAAGCCUGGGAGGCCACUGAGCAGAAACAGGCACCAAGGCCACCCCUAGUCUGGCAUUUUCUGUUCGUGUUCAUCCUGAUGUGAAUUCAGGUUCUAUGUAAAAGUUUUAGAAGAGAAGGUUGUUGCACCAUUAAUGUUUUGAGUUUAUUAAGCUCUAUGGUACAGACAGUGUUUCCCUGGUGUGUUUGAAGAGUUUUUGGGGUCUUUAGUUUUCUAACAGAAAAAUCUUAUUCUGAUGCUUUAGUAGGAAGUGAAGUUUGAGAGCAGAGAGUGGAAAUUUCUUGAAUUUUUCUGGAAAGACUAAGUUCUGAGUAUUCCUAUUUGCUGUAAGAAAGUUCUCUAGUUAAAACUCUAGCUAAUGCUUCAGGUAAUAGGUGACACUGAAUUGUAAAAACAGAACAUGCCCUUUUCUCUCAUUAAACUGUUGUAUAUUGAGGUGACUGAUACUUUAAUUUAUGUGCUUUAGAAAAGGGAAGAAACAGAACAGAUUGUGGUCUCAUUUUUUUCCAGAUGUCAGAUACACACAACAAAUGUACAUCCUAGGUGUCUAGAAUUUAAAAAAAAUAUUUACAAGCUAUUAAAGGCAUGAUUACUCAUCACCGUUUA